GGAUGUUGACUUGUUCUUUGUUCAUCUCGAGCCUUUCUUCUCUGCGCCUAAAAAGACCAGGAAAGCACCAUGCCACCAUUACUAUCCCAUCAUGUCUCAGCCUCAUAUCCCUCGACCUCGGAACGCGUUCAUUUUUUUCCGUUCUCACUACCUUCGGCUGCACAGCGAAGAAGAAAACCAGAACGUCAUCUCCUGUGCUGCAGGCCAAGCAUGGCACGCUCUGAGCACCGAAGAGCAAGAGCCGUUUCGCGAACUCGCCAGGAAAGAGAGGGAGCGUUACCAGGACGAGUAUCCGUGGUAUAAGUACGCGCCAGGAAAGGGGAGUGGCGGGGGAUCAGGAGGAACGAGGAGGAGGAGCGGGAGUGCUGGAGAGCCUACAAGCAGGGCAAGAAAGUCGACAUCUUCCCACUACCAGUCACCGACGCCAUCAUUAACGUCAUCAGCCUCGUCAACAACUACCCCGCCACCCCGCACACCGUCACCGUCGAGCGCGCCCUCUGUCCCGUUGCUUCCGCCAUCCUCGCCCUUAGCGCCGCGUACCGUCAAUAGAAGUGCGCGUGGCCUCGUCACUCCCUCGUCCGUUGCCAUGGUCAUGCGCGGUUCUCUAUCCAAGCCCAAGCGCAUCGUACCAUCCGUGUACAAGUUCCCUCCGAUCGCACCCCUUCCACCUCCAUCGACUUACGAGACCGCACAUGACGACUGGACUCCUGGAUGACAUGGCGACAUCAAUUGACUGGAACCACC